ACUCUUUUGGAGCACUGGAGAGAGGUGGCCAGCCACGAAGAAGUAAGGCUUUCUGACUAAGUAGUUAAUGGCAUGCAUUCUUUUAGUAAAUAGAAACUGGAUUAUUUGCUUUGUUAAAUGUUAUAAAGGUGAAAAGAUAAAGGCGCACACCAGCCAAAGGCCCAAACGACUGGAGCUUAUCCCGGUUUCUUUAGCAUAAAGCAUGCCUAGGAGUAUUGCUACUCACUCUAGACGGGAUGCUACUCCAUCGUAGGGUUACCCCCCAGCAGUAUGUCGCCGGUACCCAUUUAUACCCCUGGGUAAAGAGAGACAAAGUGGAUUAACGUUCCUAGUCUAAUGAUACAAAGUGACGAGCGAGGCUUGAACCGCGGAUCUCCAGAUCUAAGAACUUAAAUAUGUGUUAAAUGUUAUGGCGAAGAAAAUUUAGGACAGUUUGAGUUUGAGGGACGUUAUCUCGCCACGGUUGUUGGUUCCCUCUCGGUUAAAGUCUCACACUGGUGAAAAUUGUUUUAUUUAAUGCCUACAGGAGGAGGCAUCAGGUAUUGGUGGAUCAUUACUCAAACCCCAGCCGUCAAGUCCCCCACCAGACAUGUCACCAUUCUUCCUUAGACAGUAUGUCAAGGUAGGUGCAAGCUUAGUUAAUAAAGUGCAACGGUUUUGAAGCCCGUCAGACCUCUUUGUUAUAUGUUUUCGUUCUGCAAUGUUAGAAAGAGGCGUUAUAGCUUGAUUUUUUUUUGUCAUUCCAGUACGUGAACAAUUUUGAGACUUCGUGAAAUGCUUUGUAACAGCUUAUUUAGUUUGAAACUCUUUUUAUCUAGGGCCAUGCAGGAGAUGUGUUUGAAGCUUAUCCACAGUUGUUAACAGAAAUGGCGUUGAGGCUCCCAUACCAG